AUGUCAAACUUGAGAUAUAUCCUUAUGGCAAUUUAAGAUUUUGAAUUGUUAUGCAAGCUACAUCACUUUGAUAAAUACAUCAAGAAAUCUAAAUCUUUAAUUUAAUAAUUAGGUACUCUUCGAAUCCAACAAAGUGAAAAAUUGAUAUCGUUAAAAAGGUGCAAUUUCAUAAUUUUUCUAAAUAAUUAGGAAAUAGUGUUAGAUGAAACAAUUUUGCUUUAACCUUUGGCAAGUGAAUCCACCAUUUAAAGAAAGUCAUUUUUAUUUUUUUAGAUAAUCGAAUAAUAACUAUUAUUGAUAGUAUAAGUAGGUACAUUUUUGUCCUUCAUCAUUGCUUAUUACUGA